AUGCACGCGAGCCGGGCUCCGGCCAUCAGCGUGAGCGCCGAGAGCUGCAUCCCCGCCGGGCUGCGCCUGGGGCCCGUGCCGGGCAUCUUCAAACUGGGCAAGUACCUGUCCGACCGCCGAGAGCCGGGACCCAAGAAAAAGGUGCGGAUGGUGAGAGGGGAGUUGGUGGAUGAAGCCGGCAGCUCUGCUUUGGAGUGGAUAGGGUUAAUCCGGGCCGCCCGCAACGCCCAGGAGCAGACUCUGGAGGCCGUCGCGGACCUGCCGGGAGGACAGAUCUUCUACCGGGCGCUGCGCGACGUGCAGCCCGGCGAGGAGCUCACCGUGUGGUACUCCAACCCCUUGGCGCAGUGGUUCGACAUCCCGCUCACCGCCACCCCCACGCACGACGAGAAAGGGGAGGAGCGCUACAUCUGCUGGUACUGCUGGAGGACCUUCAAGUACCCCAACAGCCUCAAGGCCCACGUCCACUUCCACUGCGCGCUGAGCCACGGGCGGCCCUUCCUGCACUCCGAGCACGGCCGCCCCCCCGCCGCCGCCGCCUUCGGCCUCUCCUCGAGGGCAGCCGGCCCCCAUGCGCCUGGCUGCGGCCCGCGAGACGCCGUCAAACGAGAGGCCGCCGCCGCCUCCCCGCCGCCGGUCAAGCCCCGACGUGCAGCGGGCAAGGAGGAGCAGGAGCGCGCCCUGGACAUGAGCGUGGGUGCCGGCCGCGGUCCGGGCGCGCUACUGGGGCCGGCGGGCGGCAACGGGCUGGCUCUGUGUCCGGGGGCGCGCUCCGCCUUCCGCCCUGCCGGGCCGCUGCGGGAGGAGGCGCGGGCGGCCGCGGGCUUCCCCAAGCUGCUGGGGGGGCUGAAGGCGGGCCGCGCCGCCGCCGAGCCGCCACCCAAGUGCGGGGCGCUGCCGGCCGAGACCGCACCUCCGACGGCGGCCGCCGCCGCCGCCGCGGCCGCCGCUGCAGGGCUGGCGUGCGGUGGGGGGCUGCGGGCCUUCCCGCUGCUGUCGCCGCUGGAAGAGGCCUCGGCCUUCCGACCCCUGGAGCGCGGGCUGCCCGGCGCCGCGCUGCCGCCCGGCCGCUACCCGCCGCUGCCCGGCGGCGCGCUGGAGCGGUUCGCUCUGCCGCCCUUCGAGGGGCUGAAGGCGUACGCGGGGGAGUGCGGACUGCCCGUGAUGCCGCUCACCGUGUACGGCGGGGAGCUGUUGUACGGCGCCGCGCCCUACUACCCGCUGAAGCUGCACCUGGGCGGGUUGCUCAAGUACCCCGAGGCCGUGCCGUACUUCGGCGGGCCGGCCGCCGGGCUGCACGCCGCAGAGCUGGGCUCGCUGGCCGGCAUCGACCGCGAGAUCGCCAUGCACACGCAGCAGCUCUCCGAGCUGGCGGCCGAGAAGGGGCGCGGACGGCUGGAGGCGCUGCCCGCGGGAGCGGCGGGGGCGGCGGGCGGCAAAGCCAAGGCCGGGCACCUGUGCCUGUACUGCGGCAAGCUGUACUCCCGCAAGUACGGGCUGAAGAUCCACAUGCGGACUCACACCGGCUACAAGCCGCUCAAGUGCAAGGUGUGCCUGCGGCCCUUCGGGGACCCCAGCAACCUCAACAAGCACAUCCGUCUGCACGCCGAGGGCAACACGCCCUACCGCUGCGAGUACUGCGGCAAGGUGCUGGUGCGGCGCCGCGACCUGGAGCGGCACGUCAAAUCCCGGCACCCGGGGCAGGGCCUCGGCAAGGUGGCCGAGGAGCGCAGUGACUCUGGCUACGCGCCCGCCGAGCGCGACCAAAAGACUGACAACGAGAGCGACGUGGACGUCUGCUUCACCGACGACCAGAGCGAGCCCGAGAGCGGCGGCAGGACCCGGCAGCAGUAG